UCCCAACCCGGCCAUCUUUAUUUAACUCAUUCAUGAAAAGUUUUUGUAAAGACACUGGAACAUUGUUGCAUUUGGCUACGCAUCUAACGAACCACUGGACACAUUCCGUUGUUUUUGUAUCAGCGUGCUCCAGCGUAUGCUACAUCGUAGCGUAUUUCUGUCACCGCCAAAGUUGGACUGAAAGCGUUAGAAUGAGAAAAAAGCAGAAUGUGAAACAGAGAAAGGCAGAAACAAUAACCGCAACAAUAAUAACACCAACACCAUUAACAACAACAACACUAUCAACAACAACACCACCAGUCGUCCAGGAGUUUGUGGUUGAGAAGAUCAUCCAUCGAAGGGUCUCCAAUGGAAGAGUAGAGUACUAUCUGAAGUGGAAAGGAUUCACUGAUGCUGACAACACCUGGGAACCGGAGGACAACUUGGUCUGUCCUGAACUGAUAGAAGAGUUCCUGAGAAACCUCUGUUUGUCUGGAGAGAAUCAGGUUGAGGAAGAGAACCUACAGUCGGUGGAACCAGAGCUAGUCCCCAAAGAGGAACUGGCAGAACAGGAGACUGAGAUUGUGUACAGUGAGCAGAGACAUAAUGACCUCCAGGAACCAGCUGACCGGGAGUCAGAUUCUCCCACUGCCCUCACGUGCCCCCUGGAAGCUGAACGCAUCAUCGGCUCCACAGACAGACAUGGAGAACUCAUGUUCCUCAUCAAAUGGAAGAACCGUGACGAGGUGGCCCUGCUGUCAGCCAGGGAGGCCAGCGCCAGGUAUCCUGAGGUGGUUGUAGCCUUUUACGAGGACAAACUCACCUGGCACUCUGGGGACGAGGACCAGUGAAGGGUGUGUGUGUGUGUCGUAGAGUGUGUGUGUGCAUGUGAGUACACAAGUAUGGAUGUGAACUGACAAGCAUCUGUAGGCAUCUCAUAGGUUAAUUUGUCCUCCAGCGGACCAAGGUCCUCCUUCAGCUGACAUUAAAGUCACAGUGUGUGAAACCAUGUCCUGCUGCAGGUAGACUGAGUCAUGGUGGCAGGUGUAAAAGCCCUCUACGGGGUUGGCUGGGCCUCUUCCUGCUUCCUGUGGUGCUGGGUGAGGUCACAAUGCCUUUAGGGAUGUAGUGCAGCGUGUGGUGGAGUUCAGAACCAUUCAUAGAGACGUCUAUCUCUCUCUGUGGCUCUGAUUGAGUUGAAACUAAUGAAAUGAUGGCAGACAGCCGGUUCACACUGAUGAAUGCUCCCCCAGUCUAUUGUAGAACAUUUCAACCCCAGCUCUUUGUCGAAGCCUGACGAAGUGUGCGAGUAUCUCUGGAUUACAUGCCUUUGUUGUUUGUGAUCCAGCACUUAAAGUGACUGGAUGUGUGUACACUACGUUUGAAGAGUUGGAACUAACCCUUAGCAUUCCUUUCCCAGUGUCUUCAUGUACUGCAGCAGACUGAAUCACUGUGGACACUGUGUUCUGUUUGACUUUGACUACUGAUACUGUGGUCGUAGAAGCCCAUGUGAUUGUAUUGGAGUUUAGUACUAGAUUUAGUUUGUUGUAUCUUCUGGCUCUGGGGCACCUUGGCCACGAGGCUCUCCCUCCGGCUCUCCCUCCGGCUCUCCCACUGUGAGAUGUCUGUUGUUUUAUUAACUAUAGUAAUAUUGUAUAGUAUUGGGUUCACUGUGAGAUGUCUGUUGUUUUAUUAACUAUAGUAAUAUUGUAUAGUAAUGGGUUCACUGUGAGAUGUCUGUUUUAUUAACUAUAGUAAUAUUGUAUAGUAUUGGGUUCACUGUGAGAUGUCUGUUGUUUUAUUAACUAUAGUAAUAUUGUAUAGUAAUGGGUUCACUGUGAGAUGUCUGUUUUAUUAACUAUAGUAAUAUUGUAUAGUAUUGGGUUCACUGCGCGUUACUCAGUAGAUAACUACUGGCCACCUAAUAUGAUAUCUGCCCCAUUUACUUUUUGCCACAAUCCUUGAAAUUGUACUUUUUUUGUGUGUGUGAAUCAUAGUUGAUAAAUGUGUUACGUUUAGUUUACUGACAAAUGUAGAAAAGUGUUGAAUGAUAGUAGACGGUAUGCUGUUUAAUGUAGAACAUGAUAGUAGACGGUAUGCUGUUUAAUGUAGAACAUGAUAGUAGACGGUAUGCUGUUUAAUGUAGAACAUGAUAGUAGACAGUAUGCUGUUUAAUGUAGAACAUGAUAGUAGACGGUAUGCUGUUUAAUGUAGAACAUGAUAGUAGACGGUAUGCUGUUUAAUGUAGAACAUGAUAGUAGACGGUAUGCUGGUUAAUGUAGAACAUGAUAGUAGACGGUAUGCUGUUUAAUCUAGAACAUAACCAAGGGUUUUAUAAGUGACCAUGGGGAUUUGAUGAGUUACUCUGAUCAAAAUGUGACGUCAUAUGAAAAAAGUAUAUCUGAUGUGAUUAUGUUAAUUCUAUCCAGUCACUGAUUGUUCUCAGCUACUCUUAACCAAAUAUUUAUCCACCAACCUAUAUUUGUUACUGAUAAAUCAUUGUUUUGUUAAGGGUCCCAGAGUUAUAUAUGUUCAGGACAAACUCUAGUCCCUACACAAAAAUGACUGACACUGUAUUCAUUGUGCACCUCUCCCAUGACUGGAAUGUUAUGGGACAAUGUCUGUAUCCCAAACGGUACCCUACUUCCUUUGUAGUGCACUAUAUAGGGAAUGGUCUGCCAUUUGAGACUGCCAUUCUGUUGAACCUUUAGUUCUGAGCUGCCUCUGACUGACUAAGUUAGUGUACCUGUUGACCUUUGAUCUGUGAAGUGUCUGUGAAUAAAGCUAGCUGUCACCCUGUGAACCUUUAA